UAUCCCACCAGUAGCGGCUCGGUCGCGUAUAGUGCAAAAGUGCGGGUGUUUUGUUCAUACAUUAAUACUUGUCUAGAAUUCCUAUUUAUACAUAGACAACUCGAAAUCAUAAACCACUAGAAGAAUAGCAAAGAACAAUGGCGCAACCACAAACUCCGGCCUACGAAAACAAAAAUGUCUAUGCAACGCUGCCGCGCACUGGACGUGGACAGCCGAUUGUGUUGGGUGCCGAUCCCAAGGGCAAGAACUUCCUUUAUGCCAAUGGAAAUUCGGUGAUAAUUCGCAACAUCGAGAAUCCAGCGAUUGCCGAUGUCUACACGGAACACUCGUGUGCAGUGAAUGUGGCCAAGUAUUCACCCAGCGGCUUCUACAUUGCAUCCGGCGAUGCAUCGGGCAAGAUCCGCAUUUGGGAUACGGUUAACAAGGAGCAUUUGCUGAAGAACGAAUUCCAGCCAAUCGGUGGACCUAUCAAGGAUAUCAGCUGGUCUCCUGAUAAUCAGCGCAUUGUGGUUGUUGGCGAGGGACGUGAACGUUUUGGCCAUGUCUUUAUGUCUGAAACUGGCACAUCGGUGGGUGAGAUUAGUGGACAAUCCAAGCCCAUUAACUCGGCCGACUUUAGGCCAGCCAGACCCUUCCGUAUUGUGACCGGCAGUGAGGAUAAUACCAUUGGCAUCUUUGAGGGCCCGCCGUUCAAGUUCAAAAUGACCAAACAGGAGCACUCCAGAUUCGUUCAGGCUGUGCGCUAUUCGCCCGAUGGCAAAUACUUUGCCUCCGCUGGCUUCGAUGGCAAAGUGUUCCUGUAUGACGGCACAAGUUCCGAUCUGAUUGGCGAGUUUGGCUCACCAGCACACAAGGGAGGCGUCUAUGCCGUUGCAUGGAAACCCGAUAGCACUCAGCUGUUGACUUGCUCUGGUGACAAGACUUGUCGCCUGUGGCAGGUGGACACACGUGAGCUGGUUACCGAGUUUGUCAUGGGCACCAAUUUGGAUGAUCAACAGGUCUCGUGCUUGUGGCAAGGAGAGCAUCUCAUAACCGUCUCGCUGUCAGGUGUGAUUACCUACUUGAAUGUCGAGGAUCCCAGCAAGCCGCUGCGUGUGGUCAAGGGACACAACAAGCCCAUUACAGUGUUGGCUCUGAGCGAUGAUCGCAGCACCAUUUACACGGGCAGCCACGACGGUGUUGUGACCAACUGGAACUCUGGUAAUGGUGUCAAUGAUCGCAUCACUGGCACUGGCCAUGGCAAUCAGAUCAAUGGCAUUGCUGCCUGGGAUGAGUUUGUUUACACUUGCGGUAUCGAUGACAGUCUCCGUCAGUUCAGUGUCGAGGGCAACAAUUACACGGACUAUGUGGUCAAGCUCAAUUGUCAGCCUCGCGGCUUGGCCCUUUUGCGCAAUGAGAACAUCAUUGCUUUGGCCUGCAUUAAGGAAGUUACGCUGGUGCAGGAUCAGAAGAAGGUCUUCUCGCUGCCCAUUAAAUACGAGGCCAGCUCAAUUGCCACAAAUGCCGACACUUUGGAUGUAGCUGUGGGAGGUGAUGAUCAGAAGGUGCAUAUCUACUCGCUCAAGGGCAACACUCUGGAGUUGAAGACGGAGCUGGAUCAUUUGGGUGCAGUUUCUGAUGUCGCCUACUCGCCGGAUCAAAAGUAUUUGGUUGCCUGCGAUGCUCAUCGCAAGGUUGUACUCUACAACGUAGAGGACUAUAAGAUUGCUCACAACAAGGAAUGGGGCUUCCAUAAUGCGCGUGUCAACACUGUGGCCUGGUCACCCAAUUCUCUGUUGGUUGCCAGUGGAUCUCUGGACACUACAAUCAUCAUUUGGUCUGUGGCCAAUCCAGCCAAGCACACCAUCAUCAAGAAUGCCCAUCCCCAAUCGCAAAUCACACGCGUCGUGUGGCUGGACAAUAAUACUGUGAUCUCCACUGGUCAGGAUUGCAAUACCAAAGUGUGGCAUGUGGAAACUAUUUAAAGCCAAAAUGAGUGAGAGUGUGUAACAUCGAGAACGCAAAUCAGCGCAGCCAGCGCAUAUUUUUAUACUUAAUCAGAGUGAAAAGAACGAAACACAGAGAGAAAGAGAGACGGUUAACUAUAA